AUGGACGCAAUGGGCUACAUGAGUACUUUUUUGUCGAUCGUUCAAAAGUCUAUGGACAUAGAUUUCGAAUUCCAAUCAGCUAAAUCUAUGUACUCGCAGUACUGUCAGGAAAAUAUAUUUGAUGUGAAAUCUGCUAUAAAGCCCAUGAGCGUAGUUGAAGACAAGCAAAUAAAUACAGAGGCCGGUUCUACAAGUGUAAGCAUUGGUUCAAGUUUACUUGAAAAUACUUCAAC